GCUCUCUAUCCGCACACCUCCGUCAUCGCAAAAGCAUGUAAACACAUCCGCGUGUCGGGUCCUGACGUGGCGGAGCGCGAGUCGCACGCGUAAACCUUCCUCCUCUCCGCGUGGGUCUCGGCUAUUGGCGCUUCGGCGCUCCAAGGUCACGUGAUGCCGCAGUUGACGGAAACGAUGCUGCCUCAUCUCGUGAUUCUCCUGUGCGCUUUGUCCGCACAAUAUCUCAUAAUGGAGUUGGCCAGCGGGACCGAAGCACAACGCACACUAGCAACUCAGGGAAUCCUAGAGGCAUGGAAAAUCACGAGGAUGAAAUAUCUGAACAUGACCGUCUGGGCCGACUGGAUCGCUUCUUGGAUGCCCAAAUUUCCACUGCUGGGAGCGGAAGAGGACCAGGAUACGAUCCAAGCAGAUAUCUUGGCCCUGGAGUCUCUGAUGCGCAGUAAUACACAAGGCUAUUUUGCAGAAUCAGAGGUGCCACGCAGUCCCAGGCCGGAGUAUGUGCUGCAUCGAGUAGGAGAGGUCGUCAUGGAGAUGGAGAAUCACAUGGUGGGGGUGAUAGUGGGCUGGGACGAAGGACUUCGGGUUCCUCCAGAGUGGUUAAGGAGGAAGAAGUACACCGACUCUCAGCUAAAGAGAAUGGAUAGCACCCCACACUACAAGAUUUUGUUCAGUGGAUCUGAUGAGUCCUCUCUGAUGGUUGGAUACAUGCCCCAGAAUGUACUCCAGCUCUUCGAGGGAUACAAGCCAGAUAUCCCCACCCUAGAUCGGUAUUUCUCCCACUUUAAUGGGAAAAAAUUUGUGAUGCUCGACUGGCUGAAAGAACUUUACCCAGAAGACUGAGAGAGAAACAGAGACGGUAUGGAGGAGGUGUGCGAGUCGUUCUGCUGUGAAUAAGCACUUGUCACUUUGAGCGCAGCUCUCCUCGGUGCCAUUGCCUCGGAGUCUCCUGAUGGAGUCUGGAUGUGAUUUAAGCCGUGACUGUGUUUCAGCAUUUUUAUAGUUAGGACUGCAAAAUUCAGGGAUGAUUAAAAAAAAGAAAUAAAUUAGAGCUAACCACGGAGUGAGACGUUUUAUUGUUCCGUUAUUUAAAAGAUUGUGUUUGUUAGACAUACACAGUGGUAAUGAAUGUAAUUCAGGUCAUCAGGGUUUAUCCUCAGUAUUGUACAAUAGAUUAUUAACAUGCUUUUAAACAGUGUUCUCAAGAAAAUGUCUACUAGUAGUAAAACUGGAAUAAAUAACCAAACCUGAGCUAAUUAAGCGUUGUUGAUUUUUUAAAAAUGUGUUACAGUUGCACAGGAUGUGUGAUAUUUGCAUUAUUGAGGAUCAAGUUUUAAUUACUAGCCUUGAAUCAGUAUAACCGACGUCUCUCACCAGUUUUCACUUUCUAGUCUAAAUAAACGGUUGGGAUUCACCUUACAUCUGAUUAAAGUAUUUCAGAUUCA